GGUGGCUUUUGGACGGCAAGCCGUCGGUGGUAUGCCAGCCGUGGUCCGAAGUCGGGCCGCUGGCUAGCACAAAUCACAGCUCGGGGCGUGAGUGGCUUUUGGUUGGCGCCCCGCGAUGGUGCGCGAGGAUUCGAAUCCACUGCGCAAGACAGUGGCGGCUCGCCAUCCUUGGACCGCUGAAGGACCGCUACCCAUAGACUACAACGGACGGAAGAACCAGCCACAACUUAAUAGGACUAGGUCACCAAGAGUACAAGUCUGUAAGAAAUGUAUGUAGUCGUUUCCUUCCCCGCGGAGGGCUUGUUUUUUGUGGUGCCUGUUUCAUGGCUCAUAGAAGAUAAAUGUUACUGGCCUCCCUUUAAAACGCUGGACAAGGUAAAAAAGGCUGCCCUACAAAAUGAAACCCCUGACCCCAACUGUUGGACACUUCAUCCAGUUGAGGUGCUUAAAGUUAAAGACACAUACGAAAAGGCCCACGGCCACUACCUUAAAGCAAAAAGAGGAGAGAAGCUGGAGACAGAUGAGGAGACCAUGAAAAGAAAAAGAAAGCCAAACAUGAAAUUCAUCCAAUCCAGUGAUGAAGAAGAUGACCGUCCCUAUUUCCCUCCGGCUCCAAAAAUUCGGCGACUGCCAGAGAAAAUUUCUGUACCAAAUUCAGAGUUUACCAGUCAGGCACCACAGGUCCCAACCACCACCACCCUGCCUCUACCACCACCACCACAACUCCCACCUCUACCACCACUACCGCAGCGCCCACCCAGCCAUGAAGUGUACAGUCAAUCACACAGAACCCCUUCAGUCACCAGGACCAGUACUUACCCUGCAGUGUUGUCCAACCAAGCAGCCAGUCCCCCGUUGGAAACCUCACAUCUUUUUCUGACAUCCAGCCAUGGAGAGUUUACCAGUCAGGCACCACAGCUCCCCACCACCACCACCCUGCCUCUACCACCACCAUCACCUCUACCACCACUACCACAGCUUCCAACGAUUUCACCUCUGCCAGCACCACCACAGCUUCCAUCGAAGUCACCUCUUUUUCGAACAUCCAGCCAUGGAGAGUUUACCAGUCAGGCACAGCAUCAUCCAUCAAAUCAGCAAAUCAGCAUCCAGCAAGAUUUUUGCAGACUUGUUCUGCAGCACCUCCGGACGAUUGAGGAGGAGGUUAAGGAGGUUAAGCAGCAGGUGGCUGCAAAUACGGCCAUUCUGCAGAAGCUAGGGGGUGCUGGUGUGGCAGACCUUUGCCUCGUCCAGGAAACCAACAUGCCCCUCAGUAACCUGGAGGAACUGGAGGAGCUGGAGAGGCAGCUUGGGUCUGACAUUGACCUGAAAAACCAACUGGUGAACAUACUUGCUGUUUUGGGGGGGAAAACCACCAAAGACGCGGUGAAGAGGAUGUUGGGCCGUAUUUUGAGGAAGUCCCUGGCGCUUCAAAUAAAUUGGACUGGUGCUGGAGGAAAGGUGGCGUUCAAGUCUUUACACCUGAAGAAUGUGUUACACAGAGCUGUUAGGAGAGUGGUGCACACAGCAACAGAAGAGGACCUGCAAAAAGAAGUUGCGAAGUACCUAAAGGGGGCAGCUGACCGAGAGGGAGGGAGAAAAGACAGGCAGAAAAAAGUGGGCAAUGGGGAGAUGGGGGAAUAUUUGAACUAGUCAUUUUAUAUUUAUGUAUUAUAUAUUUAUUAUAAAUUGUUCAUAUUUAUUUAUUUACUUACUUCAAACUGUAAAAACAUAAAAAAAAUAUUGAACCUGGCUGAUCUUUAAAUGUGACGUUGUUAAUUGUUAUUUAU